GGUAUAUCAACUCACGAACUGGAUGCAUUAGCAGGGAAUACCGUAUCAAAUGUAUCCCUGGUUUCUCCUAGCGGCCUUACCGCUUCCUGUGCUCUCGGCAGUUGGCAAGACACAUGGCGUCCCACCAAGCCACGUCGCGAAAUACGUGCCGACGACCUCUACUUCGGGAGCGGGACAGACGUGGACAUGUUUAGAUGACUCGAAGCAGAUCUCGUGGAAUGCUGUGAACGAUGAUUAUUGUGAUUGCCCUGAUGGGAGCGACGAACCAGGUACGAGCGCAUGUCCGAACGGCGUGUUUUUCUGCAAGAACGUGGGCCAUAUCGGCUCAACGAUACCGAGCUCGAGGGUGAAUGAUGGACUCUGUGAACCCGAGUGUUGUGACGGCUCCGACGAGGCACCAGGCGUAUGUCCAGACAAGUGCAAGGACGUAGGGGAGGAAUAUAGGAAAGAGAUGGAGGCAGAACGGAAGUUGCGCAAGACGGGCUCGAAAAUCCGCGCAUCCUAUAUUGCCUUUGCACACAAGGAAAAGAAGCGCUUGGAGGGUGGACUGGCGGACCUCGAGCAGGAGAUUGCAACGCGGGAAAAGGAGGUCGAGAGAUUGAGAGGUAUCGCGAAACGUGCCGAAUCGCUUUCCGCCAAAGAACUAGAGCGAAAGAAGCAGUCGCCACUCUAUCAGUCCCUUCUCACUCAUUACACUGCGCUCAAGUCCCUUCAGCAUGAGUACAAACAGCACCUCGAGCGCGAGAAAGCACUUGGAGACAUCCUCGACGCACUUCGAACUGGGUAUAAUCCCAACUACCAAGACAUGGCAGUUCUCGAAGCCGUACGCGGGUGGGAAACUCUCGCAGGGCUGCCACACAUCAAUAACGUACGGAAGGGCGAGGAUGAAGGUUCCGAAGCCACUGAUACGCCUCAGAGUCCUAAGGAGGCUAAGAAAGAAGACGAAGAAGACGGGUUGUGGAGCGCGGAAAGAAUCGAGAGGGAGUUGAAUAAGUUGUUGAAUAUUGAUCAUGUCUCUUUGCUCCUGGAGCAUGAGAAGGUAGUGGACGAGCCCUCUUCCCAGUCAAUCCUAUUGGACGUGACAGCGUAUCUCCCAGACUCGUUGGUCCCGUCCUAUCUGGCAUUCCGGGAAAAAUUGUUGUCGUGGCUAGAAUUGUUGGGCAUCAAGGCGGGCAGCUCGGACACUUCCUCAGAGGCCAACCGGGCACGCCGAGCCCUUUCCGAUGCAGAACACAGUCUUAAGCUCACCCAAGAAGAACUCCAGACUGCGCAUGAGGAUCUCUCUGACCUCUUCAAUCCUGAAGGUUUUGGUACGGAAGGAGAAUGGAAGAAGCUUGACGGACUUUGUUUGGAGAAAGAUCUUGGAGAGUACACGUACGAGGUCUGCCUCUUCGACGAGGCGAGACAAAAGCCAAAUAAGGGUGGCUCAUCCUUCAGCCUCGGUAAAUUUACAUCGUGGAACAAACUCGCGGAACCCGGUACGCCGGAGUAUUAUACCAGACAGCGAUAUACACAAGGUGCCAAAUGCUGGAAUGGACCACAACGAAGUCUUGAGCUCAUCCUCACAUGUGGCACGGAGAACGUGUUGCUUACCGUGUCUGAACCUGAGAAAUGUGAGUAUCAGAUAACGGGAACGACACCUGCAUUGUGUCUUCCUGUGGAGGACGGGAAGCGGGAUGAGCUGUAGGCAGUCUAGCAAGAACAUUGUAUAGGAUUCAACUACUAUCGUUUGUCUUUUCCUUUUCAAAUUGCAUACCACAUCACGACCACAUUUUUUCGGGGUGUGUGCUGGUGUGACCAGAGAAAAUAUCUGGAACAUAGCCAUGGGUAUCGUGCCUGGCAAAUGGUCAUGCAUGGGAUCUCGUGGACCGCAAGAAGCUGAUCAGUGAUCUGGUUACGUUCGGUGGUGGUUACCCAGUUGCCUAACUCAUGAAAAGCCUAUAG